AUGGUGUCCGGAGUCAGCUCCUGCACCUCGCCACCCACCACUGCACUAACUCGCUCCUGCACCUCGCCACCCACCACUGCUCUUACUCGCUCCUGCACUUCGCCACCCACCACUGCUCCUACUCGCUCCUGCACCUCGCCACCCACCACUGCUCUUACUCGCUCCUGCACCUCGCCACCCACCACUGCCCUAACUCGCUCCUGCACCUCGCCACCCACCACUGCCCUAAUCCGCUCCUACACCUCGCCACCCUCCACUGCCCUAACCUGCUCCUGCACCUCGCCACCCACCACUGCCCUAACCCGCUCCUGCACCUCGCCACCCUCCACUGCCCUAACGUGCUCCUGCACCUCGCCUCCGACAACUGCACUAACUCGCUCCUGCACCUCACCACCCACCACUGCAUUAACUCGCUCCUGCACCUCGCCACCCUCCACUGCCCUAACCCGCUCCUGCACCUCGCCUCCGACAACUGCACUAACUCGCUCCUGCACCUCGCCACCCACCACUGCCCUAACUCGCUCCUGCACCUCGCCACCCACUACUGCCCUAACUCGCUCCUGCACCUCGCCACCCACCACUGCACUAACUCGCUCCUGCACCUCGCCACCCACCACUGCUCUUACUCGCUCCUGCACCUCGCCUCCGACAACUGCGCUAACUCGCUCCUGCACCUCGCCACCCACCACUGCCCUAACUCACUCCUGCACCUCGCCUCCGACAACUGCACUAACUCGCUCUUGCACCUCGCCAUCCACCACUGCCCUAACUCACUCCUGCACCUCGCCACCCACCACUGCCCUAACUCACUCCUGCACCUCGCUUCCGACAACUGCGCUAACUAGCUCCUGCGCCACGCCACCCACCACUUCCUUCACGUUCCACACGGGCGUAGGAGAACGUCUUCCAGAUGACGGAAGCCAGUCCAUAGGGUCGCACAACGGCAGCCAGCAAGUCGUAGAUGAUGACGUCCCCCACCCCAAAGGUGUGGGAGUCAGUGAUAUCGUCGCUGAUGGUCUUGAUACAAGCCAGAGACAUGCUACAUCUGACCCAACUCGCUCCUGCACCUCGCCACCCACCACUGCCCUAACUCGCUCCUGCGCCUCGCCAGCCACAAUUGCCCUAACUCGCUCCUGCACCUCGCCACCCACCACUGCGCUAACUCGCUCCUGCACCUCACCACCCACCACUGCCCUAACUCACUCCUGCACCUCGCCUCCGACAACUGCACUAACUCGCUCCUGCACCUCGCCAUCCACCACUGCCCUAACUCACUCCUGCACCUCGCCACCCACCACUGCCCUAACUCACUCCUGCACCUCGCCUCCGACAACUGCACUAACCCGCUCCUGCACCUCGCCAUCCACCACUGCCCUAACUCACUCCUGCACCUCGCCACCCACCACUGCCCUAACUCGCUCCUGCACCUCGCCUCCGACAACUGCGCUAACUAGCUCCUGCACCUCGCCACCCACCACUGCCCUAACGCUCCUGCACCUCGCCAUCCACCACUGCCCUAACUCACUCCUGCACCUCGCCACCCACCACUGUCCUAACUCACUCCUGCACCUCGCCUCCGACAACUGCGCUAACUAG